UGUUGCUACAGGUACAUUCCAGAGGGGAUCCAGGUGUCCUGUGGACCCGACUACUACACUCUGGCUCCAGGCUAUAACAAUGAAUCGUACGUCAUGUACAUGUUUAUUUGUCACUUCUGCGUCCCUGUCUUCCCCAUCUUCUUCACGUAUGGAAACUUGGUGCUGACUGUGAAGGCGGCUGCAGCCCAGCAGCAAGACUCCGUCUCCACCCAAAAAGCUGAGAAGGAGGUGACACGCAUGUGCAUCCUGAUGGUGAUGGGCUUCCUGGUGGCUUGGACGCCUUAUGCCAGCUUUGCAGCUCGGAUCUUCUUCAACAAGCGAGCUGCGUUCUCUGCCACAGCCAUGGCCAUCCCUGCUUUCUUCUCUAAGAGCUCGGCCUUGUUCAACCCAGUCAUCUAUGUGCUCAUGAACAAACAGUUCCGUAACCGCAUGCUGAGCACUCUUGGCAUGGGAGGCAUGGUGGAGGAUGAGACUUCAGUGUCAACCAGCAAGACAGAAGUGUCCUCUGUGUCUUAA